ACAAUUAGAAGAAAAUCUCUUCUACUCAGUAAUUUUUUUUUCGCAAAUCAAUUAAAAUCGUAUUUUAAGUGAAAAUAUAAUUAAAAAUAAAACUUUAAAACAAAAUUCAAUAUACAAUCUUCAAAAUAACUAAAAAAUUCAAAAGAAAUAACAGAAUAAAAAAGGUAAAAUAUUGAUGAGAUGAAAAUUUUUGCAUAAACAAUUUCGUUUUUUAAUGAAAACAAAGAAGAACAAGCAACAAACGUAAAAGCCACAAAAAUUGUAUAGUAAACUAGAAGACGAACAAGUAACAAAAAAACCUACCAAUGAGAAAAAAUCGUAUCGUAUGUGUAGUAGUGUAAAAAAUAGUAAACUAGAGUAAAAGAAUGGAAUAGUAAUUGAAAGAGUGAGUGAAAAGAACAAAAAAAUUACGAUAUUUUAAAUGUAAUCGCAGAAAGCUAUGAAUGAAUAUUUGUGUUGAAAAUAAUUUUUGUUUUAAAAUUUCGAAAUUUCUUCCAAAGAGUUUCUUUGGACCAGCAAUUGUGAUACAUAUAUUUUCGAGAAAAAAAAAGGAAACCGGUUCCGGCUUUCUUCUAAAAGGACGUACUAAAAUUGUGGCAAGACGACUAAAAACCAACAAUAACAACGGAAACAAUAUGUGUAAAGUAUAAAUAUUAUAAGAAAAACAAAAUUGUUUUAUAUUUAAAACUUAUUGUCAUCAUGUUGGUUGCAACACCGGGACAGACAACAGCUUACAGUACAAUACACAAUAAUAAUAACAACAACAGUAGUAGUAAUGGUGGUGGCGUUGGCAGCAACACAGUGGCGGCUGCAACUACAACCAAAAAGUCCAACAGCUUAAACUCCACAAAUACAACAGCCUCGGGUACACCGAAAUCUUUGAACAACAAUAAUAGCCAUACGGCAGCGGUGGUGGCAAAUAAAAAUUCUCUUAAUUCCAAUACACAACAAUCUUACCAUAAUCAUACAAAUCUCAAACAUGACAGCAUAGUAUCCCAUAAACUUCAACAACAAAACAAAAUGACAGCCACAUCUUCCAGAGAAGCAAUUUCAUCGAACCUUACAGCUGCUGCAACAACUCAUUCCUUAAAAAACGAAAAUUCCACCAGUAACACAAACACUACCAACAAUACCACCACCACCAACAUCAUCACCUCCAACUCCUCGAGCAAACAACAAAGUUUUAUACAAACUCUUAAAGAUUCUGUACAAAAAGCUUUAAUUACCACAACCGGCACUAGUGGCAGCGGCCACAAUUCCAUUGUCACUAAACUUUCCACUGAUAAUAAAUUACCAACAAAUAGUAAUAAUUUGACAACGUCCAUACACAAUGUCACCUCAUCUUCCGCAGCCACAACCCAUAAUGCAACUAAAGUCUCUACGACUACAACAUCUACCAAUUCGAGCAAUUCAACAGCUGCUACUCAGUCCUUGUCGUCGUCAACAUCAUCGUCAGUGUCUCUGGUUCGUAGUAAAUAUUUUUCAUGUUCAUUGUCUAAACUGCAUACGGUGGCGCCCACUAUAAUACAUCGUUAUCCGGAAGAGCGCCAGCAUGCUAGCAGUACUGAUAGUCUGCAAAAGGAAAUGUGCCAUUUUAAACCGAUACGUAUAGUGCCCACAACUCCAUGGAAGAGCGGCAGCAAAUCUCGUGGCAAUUCAUUGCGUUUUCCCAAAGCAAAUCUUGCCACUAAAAAAACUGAAUUUGUUUUAAAAUCCAACUGUGAUGUUAAUAAUAGAAAGAAGAGACAACAACAAAAUCGUACACAAACUGAUAAAAUCAAUUUGGAUAAAGAUGAUGAUAAUGAACAAGAAAAUAAAGAAUUUCAUGGAAUCUAUAAACCAAAGCCAAGCUUAACUUGUUUAUCCACCUCCGUUACCACACCAAAUCAUCAAUCGGCUUUUGUGUGUUUGGUAGCCCAAAUGAAGAGUCUCGUAAAUCUACAGUCCAAAAAACAACAAACCCCUAAUGUUGUAGAGGGAGGCAAUAAUGAAACCAUCAAAGAAUUAUAUGUAAGAAAAAAACCAGCCAAUAGAAAGUCUUUGACGGCCAGGGAAAUAGAGUCAGCAAAGGAAUUGUCCAAGAGUCGCACAACUCGUCUGACAUUAAAUAAACGUGUCUCAAAUAGCACCACCAACAACAAAACCACCACACUAAACACUUCAAAAGAAAAUGUUAAACGAACAAAUGCCAAAUCAAAUAAUAGUAUUUCCAAAUCAUCAACGGCGGCAAUAACAAAAGCCAAAUCACGCAGAAAAUUAGGACGUGCCAAAUCGAAAACCAUUAACCUGGUUAACUUGGCCUCCACAAGAGGCAAAGGAAAAUUACAAAAUAGUGUGUCUAUGCCGGCGGUAGUGAGUAAUGAAGCCACGGCCACCGCCACAGUGAACAAAAGAUCACGUAAACGUAAACUAGAUCCAGAAGAAGAUGAAAUAACUUCACCCAAUAAAAUCACUUCCAGUAAAUCUCUAGCCCUAGGAGCACGUAAAAGUACUAGACUAUCUAAGGAUAUGACUAGCAACACAUUUAAAUCACCCAUCACUACUACUAACCUCAAAACAUCUCAAAGAACACGCAAGAAUCCCACAACGGUUGUAUGUUUUUCACCACCAUUAACACGUUCCCGACUGAAGCAUUUAGCCGAACAGGGUUCCUUCCUUAAUGGCAAAUUUUCAUCGAAGGACAAUACUCAGUAAAUAAUGAAGAAGAAACUCAACGUAUACUAUAUGCGCUGUAAUUCAAAUGGUAGCCCAUUCUAAUGGAUGUAUUGUCUGGUGGGAGUCUUUGAAAGCAGACAAGUAUAGAAAGCUAUUCAAUAAAGUCCAAAUAUGUGUCUUUUUGGGGAUUACAGGUGCUAUAGAAAGUACACUACAAACGGCAUUGGUUAUCCUACUAUAUCUUUCCCCUAUUGAACACUAUGUAGACGGUGUGGCAUUCCUGUUCAUGGAAUAUUUUUGUAUGUCGGACAACAAAGUUUUCGAAUAGAGACGAUUGAUUUGGAUUCGAUAAACUGUUCACGGGAUUUCAAGGGAAAUUCCCAACAAUCUGGGAAGCAAAGAAACUGAUACGGGAUCAUAGAAUUUCAACUGUCAGACAGCACUCAGGCUAUUGAUAUGACAUACAGUACAUUCUUGCAAGACUCGGAGGGAAGGGGGUAAAAUCACACUUUUGCACUUUUAAUGCAUUAUUUCUGAAAGAUUCCGAAGCAUUUCUCUACUAGUUCUAGAUCAUUAAAAUGGAUUGCAGAGAAUCUAACGCUUUAUGGCCAAAACUUGUUGCAAAGGUUACCAAUAUACUUACGGAACUUGGCAAAUGUAGUAGAAGGUUGUGAAGGUGACAUUGCUCCAUUAGAGCUUUUUUUUAGUAAACGGAACAAUAACCUACCGGGCACGCCAUUCAGUUUCUUGGGCUGUUGGAAUCGCGAAUUCUAGCGUCCUUAAGUGCCAUAAAACAGAAAUCAUGAAGCUUACUAAAUUGUCCUGUUCAUAUCAGACUGACAUCAACCAGAUCCUUAAAUUUGCGGUCUUUAGUUGAAGAAAAUAUAAAUCCGUUAGAUGGUGUUUUGGGAGGCCCCUCCGUUAACAUCCCAGUAGGAACUGCUUUGAUAGCUUGGUGUUAUGUUCCAUAACCGAAGAUCUUCAUCUCGUCAUGUAUGUAGGUGUUCUUCUGACGUCAUUUGUAUACAGCCUGUUACUGUUCUAAGGGCUGCAUUUUGACAGCUUUCGAACUUCUUCCAUUAUAUAUCGCUAACUCUCGGAGUCCACACUGGCGUAGUUUACCACUGUCCGAGCAAUCGUUUGAUUGCAGUGGUGUGCGCGUAGGACAUAAGGAGGCUAUCGAAUUUGACACCAAGUAUUUUGGAAUAAUUUACCGUCGGGAUUUUGGGAUUUUUUCGCCAUCGACUGUCGCAUCCAAUUCUAGAACUACUUCCUUUGUCCAAGCAGUGAAGAUAGGAUUUUGUCGGUGAUAUUUUCAAAUUCCUCAAAUGGAAGAAGCUGGAAAGAUCACAUAAGUAAAUGUUUACAAACCGCAAAGGCCAUCAAUACUAUUGCCCUUAUCCGUGCCCAAUAUCGAGCCGUCAUCGGCGUACGAUGACAUGUUUAGAAAUAUAGAAAUUAAACAGGACUCGCGAAAGGACCUUGGGGAACUCCCAUUUAAAUUCUACGAGACUUGGAUCUCUGGUUCCUAAACUCCACGAAUAACUGUCCUCCAAACAUUUAAUUCACUAGCCAUCUCUUGGUAUUGGCGGAGAGAUCUGUUGUAAAAUAUCUCUGAAGAGAAUGGCGCCAUUGACCAUAUCAAAAGCUUUUGAUAGAUCGAGUUGAACAAGGGCCGUACGUUGACUUAAUGGGGCCUUAUUAAGGCCGUGGUAAGCUUGUGUGGUGAUGGCAGUUAAAUCUGUUGUUGUUCUGUACUUUGCACGGAAUCCGUGUUGAUGUGGAUAUUGUUGUAACUCCGGAAGGAGUAGUGUCGAACGAUUGUAAACCAAGUUGUUUCUACAAUUAUAUUCCAGUCAAAGUAUCGAAAAUACAUGGGCU